CAGCCCAAGUUGCUCAGAAAAUCCAAUUCCCACCCUUAAAAAAUAAAAAUAAAAAAGAAUCCAAAUACCAAAACUUCACAUAAAUACCAAACAAACAAUUCCCAAUUCCAUAGAAUUCCACAAAGAAUUUCAUUUCAUUCAAAAACAGAAGUCCCAAACUCAGCAUAUCAAAAAAGUUUCAGUCUUUUCCACACGCAAAUUCAAUUUCCGAACACUGUUUCUGAAUUCCUUAAGUUUUGGUUUUAGAGUUUGAGUUUAGAGACAAAGAAGAAGAUGAGGCUGUUGAAGGUGGCAACGUGUAAUCUGAACCAAUGGGCCAUGGAUUUCGAUUGCAACUUGAAGCAAAUCAAGGAGUCCAUAUCCAUGGCCAAGCAAGCCGGUGCAGUCAUUCGUCUCGGUCCCGAGCUCGAGGUUACUGGUUAUGGCUGCGAAGACCAUUUCUUGGAGCUCGAUACCGUUUCUCAUGCAUGGGAGUGUUUGAAAGAUAUUUUACUGGGCGAUUGGACUGAUGGCAUAUUGUGCAGCAUCGGUAUGCCUGUCAUCAAAGGAUCGGAGCGUUACAAUUGUCAAGUUCUAUGUUUUAACAGAAAAAUUAUUAUGAUUCGCCCAAAGAUGUGGCUUGCAAAUGAUGGAAAUUACAGGGAGCUUCGUUGGUUCACAGCAUGGAAGCAAAAAGACCAACUUGUGGACUUUCAGCUUCCAAUUGAAAUUUCUGAGCAUAUAUCACAAAAGUCAGUGCCUUUUGGUAAUGGAUUCAUUCAGUUUCUAGACACAGCUGUUGCGGCUGAAGUUUGUGAAGAGCUUUAUAGUCCUGUUCCUCCUCAUGCUGACCUUGCACUGAAUGGGGUUGAAGUGUUUAUGAAUGCAAGUGGAAGUCACCAUCAACUAAGGAAGCUUGAUAUUCGCCUUCGUGCUAUUAUAGGUGCUACUCAUACUCGAGGAGGGGUUUACAUGUACAGCAAUCACCAAGGAUGUGAUGGCAGUCGUCUUUACUAUGAUGGAUGUUCUUGCAUUGUUGUAAAUGGAGAUGUGGUUGCUCAAGGCUCACAGUUUUCUUUGAAGGAUAUUGAGAUUGUGGUUGCUCAAGUUGAUCUAGAUGCGGUUGCUAGUCUUAGAGGAUCUAUAAGCAGCUUUCAAGAGCAAGCAAGUCGCAAAACCAUAGUUCCUUCAGUGGCAGUACCAUACAAGCUUUCUCAGUCUUUUAACCUGAAAAUGUGUCCUUCCAGUCCACUUGAGAUUAAGUAUCACUGUCCUGAGGAGGAAAUAGCCUUUGGACCUAGUUGCUGGUUAUGGGAUUAUUUACGAAGGAGCGGUGCUUCUGGUUUUUUGCUUCCUCUUUCUGGUGGAGCAGAUAGCUCCUCUGUAGCUGCAAUAGUUGGUUGCAUGUGCCAGCUUGUCGUAAAAGAAAUAGCAAAUGGGGAUGAAAAAGUCAAAGCUGAUGCUAUACGAAUUGGGAAUUAUACUGAUGGACAGUUUCCUACUGACAGCAGAGAAUUUGCAAAGCGCCUAUUUUACACAGUAUUUAUGGGAUCUGAAAACAGUUCUGAAGCCACAAAGUCACGAGCAAAGGUACUAGCAGAUGAGAUUGGCUCAUGGCAUCUUGAUGUUUCCAUAGAUGGGGUUGUUUCUGCACUUCUAUCUUUGUUUCAAACUCUUACAGGAAAGCGACUGCGCUAUAAGGUAGAUGGCGGAUCUAACAUUGAGAACUUAGGUUUGCAGAACAUUCAAGCUCGAAUCAGAAUGGUGCUAGCUUUUAUGUUAGCAUCACUCUUGCCGUGGGUGCACAACAAACCUGGAUUUUAUCUUGUUUUGGGUAGCUCCAAUGUGGACGAAGCAUUGCGUGGUUACCUAACAAAGUAUGAUUGCAGCUCUGCAGAUAUUAAUCCAAUUGGAAGUAUUAGUAAGCAGGAUCUUCGGUCAUUUCUCCGAUGGGCUGCCACCCAUCUUGGAUACUCAUCUUUGGCGGAUAUUGAAGCAGCCCCACCAACGGCUGAACUGGAGCCUAUACGCGCCAACUACAGUCAGUUAGAUGAAGUGGACAUGGGAAUGACAUACGAGGAACUCUCUGUCUAUGGAAGGUUGCGGAAAAUUUUCCGAUGUGGUCCAGUAUCUAUGUUCAAGAACCUCUGCUACAGAUGGGGUGCAAGAUUAACUCCAUUGGAGGUGGCUGAUAAAGUGAAACACUUCUUCAAGUACUAUUCCAUCAACCGACACAAAAUGACAGUUUUGACACCUUCAUAUCAUGCUGAGAGUUAUUCACCAGAGGAUAAUAGGUUUGACCUUCGCCAAUUUCUCUACAAUGCAAGAUGGCCAUAUCAAUUCCGCAAGAUUGAUGAACUUGUGCAAGAGUUAGAUGGCAACAAAGUUGCCAUUGAAGAAGACCAUGAAAAGUUGGGAGCUAUAUCACAUGGUGGAGGUGGAAUGGGAGUUGCUGCAGCAGGCUCAGGCAAUCCAAAUGUUGGUAUUUAAUUGAAACAAACCUUCUUGUGAACUAAAUUGGUACAAAUAGAUUUGUCUAUUUUAUUUCUUGAUACACUGGUUUACAUGAUGAAAUUGUGACCAGUUAAUGCGUUUUCAUGGGUAAUUGCCGCCCCUAACAGUUGUAUUGAUUUUGCCUCACCUCAAGGCUAUUGUACAUUUAUUCAUUGAUUUAAAUAAAAACAAUUCCAACUCUUUCUUAUCC